GGCACGCAACUCGAAACGAGCCACGGUGCGAUGCACGGCUCGUUUCAGUUUGAGACGCUGCGCGCGGUGAGCGGCGUGGUGCCGUCCAUGUUCAACGCCCGCGUGGGUCGCCUUGCCCUCUCGCCCACGGACAGCCUGGAGCAGGCGCCGUGCGGCGAGCCGGCGAGAGGCGACAUGCUCCCGGACACGUCUGUACGCGCCACGCGGCGAGUCAUCGUGGGCGCGACGGUGGAGCGGCAGCCUGAGAGGUCGGAUGAGGUCGCCGGCGUGUAUCGGUGGGCGUAUGACGUUCAAAUCAACAACGCAAGGGACCAGGCCAUCACCGUGGUGGCGCAUCGAUGGAUGACGGUCGACGCCGACGGCGCCGUCAAGGAAAUGAACGGCCUGGGCGUCGGCGGCAACUACAGAUCCAAAGAGAUUGAGCUGCCGGCGGGAGAUGCCUUCCGCACUAAGGGCAUACUGGCCACGGCGACGCCAGUUGGCAAUGCAUGGGGCGCCUACACUGUGAGGGCGCAGACCGCAGGAGGCGAUGAGGUCGAGAUCGACGCCGAAGUUGGCGUCGUCGGUCUCUCGACCGACGGCACGCCCGUGGCGGACUUGCGGCCGGAAGCCGGGUAACGGUGUGCACACACUGUGAGUGUCAAGAGCUCGGCAGUCAUUUUGAGUGUGUGUGUCCUGUGUGCUGUUCAGAAAACACACACGGCAGA